AUGGUGUAUGGAUUUAGAAAAUCCAAUGAUGCAGAAGUCGAGUCACUGCGAAAGGAAUACCAUCAAAGGGUUGCAACACUUGAAAGGAAGGUGUAUGCUCUUACAAAGGAAAGGGACACGCUUCGGCGGGAGCAGAAUAAGAAAAGUGAUGCACCUGCUCUUCUGAAGGAAAAGGAUGAAAUAAUUAAUCAAGUUAUGGCUGAAGCUUCAGGAUUAUGGCCUUCGUCUACUGAAAGGAAAUUGCUAUUUGAUCCUGUUAUAUCUUUUAUGGGACAAACAAAUGAGGGAAGUAGUGUUGAUUCAUCACAGAAAGCUGAGUCUUCAGAGCAUCCGCCAAAGGUUGACAAAUCAUCAGGGGAAUCUGAAUCUCCACAAAAACUCUCUAUUGUUGAGGCAAAGGAAGGGGUCAAAACAGAAACUUUACAAUACUCUUCAACUGAACAGAUGGCUGAUAAGGAGGAAACUGAAGUUGUCAAGGAAGAAACAGAUGAUAAGCAUGCUGCGACGGUGGAGGAAACAGAGACUGUGGUAGCAGAGCCUGAAAAAUCUGAAUCUGAAUCUGAAAAAUAG